AUGAAGCUUCUCCUAUUUUUGCUCUUCUCCACAUUUUCCCGCACAAUUUCUCAACAAUGCUCCGCGGGACAAAUCGCCUACUCUUCCUUGUGUCUUCAAUUCAUCCGAACCCCCCUCGACUUCCAUUCAGCCGAAUCGAUUUGUUCCGGCUUCUCCGGUCAUCUCGUCUCCAUUCACAAUUCAAUCGAUAAUCGAAACGUGGCUAGCCAGGCACAACAAUUUACGGACGGUGCAUUUUGGGUUGGCGCAAAAGCCAUCGCACAAGAUGUCACAAAUCCACUGAACUGGUAUUGGACCGAUGGAACUACUUUUGAUUAUCAGAAUUACCAGGCAGGCCAGCCAACUUCCCAGGGAUCCACGUCUUGUAUGCAAGUUCUACCCGGCACUGGUAAAUGGCUGACAGCGAAUUGUAGUUCCGCAAGUUUGCCGUUUGCCUGCGAAUUCCCCGCACAAACCCCGCCAACCUGCCCCUACUCCAACUAUUCCAAGUCACUGUCCAUCUGGUUACACGUGGUUUUCAGAAACCGAUUUUUGCUACAAGGUGAGUUGCUUGAUAGGGCCCUUAACUGUGGAGGUAGGGUCCUUAACUUUGGAGGGAGGGCCCUUAACUGUGGAGGUAGGGCCCUUAACUGUGGAGGUAGGGCCCUUAACUCUGGAGGUGGGGCCCUUAACUGUGGAAGUAGGGCCCUUAACUGUGGAAGUAGGGCCCUUAACUGUGGAAGUAGGGCCCUUAACUGUGAAGGUAGGGCCCUUAACUGUGGAGGUAGGGCCCUUAACUGUGAAGGUAGGGCCCUUAACUGUGAAGGUAGGGCCCUUAACUGUGAAGGGAGGGCCCUUAACUGUGGAGGUAGGGCCCUUAACUGUGGAGGUAGGGCCCUUAGCUGUGAAGGUAGGGCCCUUAACUGUGAAGGUAGGGCCCUUAACUGUGGAGGUAGGGCCCUUAACUGUAAAGGUAGGGUCCUUAACUGUAGAGGUAGGGCCCUUAACUGUGGAGGUAGGGCCCUUAACUGUGGAGGUAGGGCCCUUAACUGUGAAGGUACGCCCUUAGCUGUGAAGGUACGCCCUUAGCUGUGAAGGUAGGGCCCUUAACUGUGAAGGUAGGGCCCUUAACUGUGGGGGUAGGGCCCUUAACAGUGAAGGUAGGGCCCUUAACUGUGGAGGUAGGGCCCUUAACUGUGAAGGUAGGGCCCUUAACAGUGAAGGUAGGACCCUUAACUGUGGAGGUAGGGCCCUUAACUGUGAAGGUAGGGCCCUUAACCGUGAAGGGAGGGCCCUUAACUCUUGAAAAUUUUGGAGUAUGGCCAAAAACCCACAGAAAGUUGGUUAGGGUGGUUAACUUUUUUAAAUUUUUUCCUGGAAGGGGGGUUAACUCAAGGGUGCCCGGAGCGACUAGUUCAUGUAUGAUGAUAAGACUAGACUCUAGUUAUAUUCAGAACUUUGUUCGAUCCACAAACUUCAAUGAUGCACGAAGUUCUUGUCAAGCUGACGGCGGCGAACUUGCCUCAAUUCAUUCACAAGUUGAGAAUGAUUUUCUAGUCCGUAAGUAUUGUUUUUCUAAUAUAGGUAUAUUUACCUUUCAAAAUUUUUUUUCAAAUUAAGAAUUCACAAAAACCGGGCUCACUGUGAAGGACAACAAUUGGAACGAUCAAGUUUGGAUCGGAUAUGUUUAUCAAAAUCAGAAGUGGCAGUGGACAGAUGGAACGAAUUCGACGUUUGUUAAUUGGGGAGAUGGCGAGCCGAAUGAUAUGCAAAAAGAGUGGUGGACUGUGGUGAGGGAUUUAAAAAAAAAGUUGCGCGCCGGGUGGGGGUCGAACCCUGCAAAACGUGCACGAUCGCUCGGCACGCGUGCUAACCACUCGGCCAUCCGGCUGUUUUUUUAUUUCGUCUAAAAUGUUGCAUAUAAAAUGCGUUUGAUUUUCAGUUGGUCGCCGAUCCUCACGAGAGCAAGAACAGCGAAGCGACAAAAUGGAACAAUGUUGGACAAAUUGAUGAAAGAGCUUUUGUUUGUAAACGCGCGGUUCUUCAUUGA